CUACUACUACUACUACUUCAAUCUUGAAAGCCCUCUUAUAUACAUAUUCUGAUACCGAUUAAUCUGAUCAUAUAUAUCACAAUAAUGUCUUACUCUAAUAUAUAUUUUGUAGUAAUUAUAACAGCCUCACUACUCAUGAGUAGUUCCACUAUCAAUGCACAACUCUCUCAGACCUUCUAUUCAUCCUCAUGUCCAUUACUUGUGACCACCGUACGUGAAGGCAUGAGGAAAGCUAUUCAGAAGGAGACUCGCAUGGCUGCCUCCAUUCUUCGCUUGUUCUUCCACGACUGCUUUGUAAAUGGUUGCGAUGGAUCGAUACUAUUGGACGACACGUCGUCGUUUACCGGGGAACAAAAUGCGUUUCCAAACGUGAACUCAGUGAGGGGAAUGGAUGUGAUCGACGACCUCAAAGCGCAAGUGGAGAAAGUUUGCAGUAACACUGUCUCUUGUGCUGAUAUUUUAGCACUUGCCGCAAGAGAAGGAGUUGUUUUGUCGGGAGGACCUUCAUGGGUGUUACCAUUUGGAAGGAGAGACUCGACGACCGCCAGCCAAAGCGACGCCAACCGAGACCUCCCCGCUCCGACCUCCGACCUCGCCACUCUCAUCAGCCAAUUCGCCAAAAAGGGUCUAAGCGCCACCGACAUGACCGCACUCUCCGGUGGCCACACCCUCGGCGUCUCCCAGUGCGUCAACUUCCGCACCCGCAUCUACAACGAGACCAACAUUGACUCAGCCUUCGCCACCACACGCCAGGCCAACUGCCCUUUCUCCGGCGGCGAUACCAACCUUGCUCCCUUCGACGGCUCCCAGAACAGAUUCGAUAACAACUACUUCAGACAGCUCGUCAAUAAGCGCGGACUUCUCCACUCUGAUCAGGAGCUCUUCAAUGGCGGAUCUCAGGACUCAUUAGUCACCUCUUAUAGUCAGAGUUCGUUGAAAUUUUUCAAUGACUUCUCCAGUGCCAUGGUGAAGAUGGGGAAUCUUAGUCCUCUGACUGGAACCAAUGGCCAGAUUAGGAAGAGCUGUGGGGUCGUGAAUAGUUAAUUACUACUAAUUAAUAUAUAUAUCUUUUGUUAAAGUAUGUUUUAUAUAUAAUUGCAUAAUUAUAUAUUGGGUCUUUUGUUAUUAAUUGUUAUAAAUAGAUUAUAUCGAAACCUUGUGCGGGAAACCAAAAUCUAAAAGGACAGCAUAUCAAGCUCUUGUUGUCAAUUAUAAAGGAUUUGGAAACUAGCAAGCGUUUCCUUCGAUUUGAAAUGUAAUACAUUGAACAAAUUAAUUUCUUCAAUGUAAUAAUUAUAAUAAGAACAAAAGAUUUCGACGUUAUUAUUAUCAAUAA